CACGUUAGCAUCACAUUUGCCCGACAGUCUGCUAACAUGGAAGAAGUGACAGCGCGUUGAAGUGUUAAACUUCCGUUGUUUCUACUGACAAUAUAAAUACUUUGUUGUUAGUUGCACUUUAGUUUAUUCGCAGUGGUCAAAAUGGUGAAAGAGCAGUUCAGAGAGACAGAUGUGGCCAAGAAAAUAAGCCACAUCUGCUUUGGGGUGAAAUCUCCUGAGCAGAUGCGCCAGCAGGCCCACAUCCAGGUGGUCAGUAAGAAUCUGUACAGUCAGGACACCAAACACUCUCCACUGCCCUAUGGCGUGUUGGACCACCGCAUGGGCACCAGUGAGAAGGACCGGCCGUGUUUGACAUGUGGGAAAAAUCUGGCUGAUUGUUUGGGACAUUAUGGCUACCUGGAUCUUGAGCUGCCUUGUUUUCAUGUUGGCUAUUUCAAAGCAACAAUCGGAAUUUUACAGAUGAUCUGUAAGACAUGUUCGAGCAUCAUGCUGACAAAAGAGGAGAAACUGCAGUUUCUCGAUCAACUAAAACGUCCCAAUCUGCCCUACCUUCAGAAACGAGGGCUGAAGAAAAAGAUCUUGGAUAAGUGCCGCAAACGCACAGUCUGUUUGAAUUGUUCGGCAUUUAAUGGACCGGUGAAGAAAUGUGGCCUGCUUAAGAUUCUACACGAGAGGUACAAAACGACCAAGAAGGUGGUGGAGCCGUUUGUGUCAGAGUUUCUGCAGUCUUUUGACAUCGCUAUAGAACACAACAAAGUGGUGGAGUCCUUGCUUACCAAAGCGCAGGAAAAUCUGAACCCUCUGGUGGUGCUGAACUUGUUCAAGCGAAUUCCUCAGGAAGAUGUUCCCCUGCUACUGAUGAACCCAGAGGCUGGUAAACCUCCUGAUCUAAUUCUCACCCGUCUUCUCGUGCCUCCUCUCUGCAUACGGCCCUCUGUGGUCAGCGACCUCAAGUCGGGCACCAAUGAAGAUGACCUCACCAUGAAGCUUACCGAGAUCAUCUUCCUCAACGAUGUCAUCAAAAAGCAUCGUAUGACAGGAGCUAAAACCCAGAUGAUCAUGGAGGAUUGGGACUUUCUCCAACUGCAAUGCGCUCUGUACAUCAACAGCGAGCUUUCUGGCAUCCCCCUCAACAUGGCACCUAAGAAAUGGACCAGAGGCUUUGUUCAGAGGCUCAAGGGCAAACAAGGACGAUUCAGAGGAAACCUCUCAGGGAAAAGAGUGGACUUCUCUGGAAGAACUGUUAUUUCCCCCGACCCAAACUUGAGGAUUGAUGAGGUGGCUGUUCCAGUACAUGUUGCCAAAAUCCUGACGUACCCAGAGAAGGUAAACAAAGCUAACCUGGAAUUCAUGAGGAAGUUGGUCCGUAACGGCCCUGAUGUUCAUCCUGGAGCCAACUUCAUCCAGAAUCGUCACACACAGAUGAAAAGGUUUUUAAAAUAUGGAAACCGUGAGAAGAUUGCCCAGGAGCUUAGAUUUGGAGAUGUGGUAGAAAGACAUCUGAUAGAUGGUGACAUCGUCCUGUUCAAUCGUCAGCCCUCUCUGCACAAACUGAGCAUCAUGGCCCAUAUUGCCAGAGUGAAACCUCACAGGACGUUUCGGUUCAACGAGUGUGUAUGCACGCCAUACAAUGCCGACUUUGACGGUGACGAAAUGAAUCUCCAUCUACCUCAGACUGAAGAAGCCAAGGCUGAAGCUCUGGUCCUAAUGGGGACAAAAGCCAACCUGGUGACUCCAAGAAAUGGUGAACCUCUUAUUGCUGCCAUUCAGGACUUUUUGACAGGGGCAUAUCUCUUGACACUGAAGGACACCUUCUUUGACAGAUCAAAAGCUUGUCAGAUAGCAGCAUCAAUCCUGGUGGGCAAGGAUGAAAAAGUCAGGAUUACCCUCCCUCGCCCAGCAAUAAUUAAGCCCAUGGCUUUAUGGACAGGCAAGCAGAUCUUCAGUAUCAUCCUGAAGCCCAGCAAGGAAUGUCCAGUCAAGGCCAACCUGCGGACCAAAGGCAAGCAGUACUGCGGAAAAGGAGAAGACCUCUGCCACAAUGACUCAUAUGUGGUGAUCCACAACAGUGAGCUGAUGUGUGGCAGCAUGGACAAGGGCACACUGGGAUCUGGCUCCAAGAACAACAUCUUCUACAUCCUGCUCAGAGACUGGGGACAACUGGAGGCCGCCAAUGCCAUGUCCCGCUUGGCAAGACUUGCUCCUGUCUAUCUGUCCAACCGGGGCUUCUCCAUCGGUAUUGGAGAUGUGACCCCAGGCCAGGGUCUGCUGAAGGCCAAACAGGAGUUGCUGGAUGACGGCUACCAAAAGUGUGAUGAAUACAUCGAAGCUCUGGAUACUGGCAAACUGCAGCAGCAGCCAGGCUGCACUGCAGAGGAGACCUUAGAGGCCCUUAUCUUGAGGGAGCUGUCAGUCAUCAGAGACCGUGCAGGCAGUGCUUGCCUCCGGGAGCUUGACAAGAGCAACAGUCCUCUUAUCAUGGCCCUUUGUGGCUCCAAAGGAUCCUUCAUUAAUAUCUCCCAGAUGAUUGCCUGUGUGGGCCAGCAGGCCAUCAGUGGAUCUCGAGUACCUGAUGGUUUUGAGAACCGCUCUCUGCCUCAUUUUGAAAAGCACUCAAAACUGCCUGCCGCUAAGGGUUUUGUGGCCGACAGCUUCUAUUCGGGCUUGACUCCCACAGAGUUCUUCUUUCACACCAUGGCUGGCAGGGAGGGUCUGGUGGAUACAGCUGUGAAAACGGCAGAGACUGGAUACAUGCAGAGGCGUCUGGUGAAGUCCCUGGAGGAUUUGUGCUCACAGUACGACUUGACUGUACGAAGCUCAACUGGCGACAUCAUUCAGUUUAUCUACGGUGGAGAUGGUCUGGAUCCUGCCGCCAUGGAGGGCAAAGAUGAGCCUCUAGAGUUUAAGAGGGUUCUUGACAACAUCCGCGCGGUCUACACGUGUCCAAAGGAGCGUGCACUCAGUCAGAACGAGCUGGUCCUCACCGCAGAUGCUAUCAUGAAACGAGCCGACUUUUUGUGCUGCAGAGACAGCUUUUUAGAGGUAAGCUCAGUAAAAAUUGUUUUUCAUUAUGACAAAUGGAUCAGACUGCCGGACUUACCUUUUUUUUUUUUUUUGCUUUUUUGCUUUUCCUUCACAUCACAGCCAAAGGUUCUCUAUCAGCUGGACCGUGUAACCCCCACCCAGCUGGAGAAGUUUCUUCAGACCUGCAGAGACAAAUAUAUGAGAGCUCAGAUGGAACCAGGCUCAGCAGUAGGUGCCUUGUGUGCUCAGAGUAUUGGAGAACCCGGUACUCAGAUGACCCUGAAAACAUUCCACUUUGCCGGAGUGGCUUCCAUGAACAUCACCCUGGGUGUGCCUCGUAUCAAAGAGAUCAUCAACGCGUCCAAGAACAUCAGCACACCUAUAAUCACUGCUCACUUGGACCUUGAAGACGAUGCAGACUUUGCCAGACUGGUGAAGGGGAGGAUUGAGAAAACUCUUCUGGGAGAGAUCUCUGAGUACAUAGAAGAAGUUUUUCUGCCUGAUGACUGUUUCAUUUUGAUCAAAUUGUCACUGGAGAGAAUUAGGCUUCUGCGAUUGGAGGUUAAUGCAGAAACUGUGCGUUACUCCAUCUGCAUGUCAAAGCUCCGCGUGAAACCAGGAGACAUCACUGUGCACGGCGAGGCUGUCGUCUGUGUGUCACCUCGCGAGAACAACAAGAGCUCCAUGUAUUAUGUGCUGCAGUCUUUGAAAGAAGAGCUGCCCAAGGUGGUGGUUCAAGGAAUCCCAGAGGUUGCGAGAGCUGUCAUUCACAUCGAUGAACAGAGCGGCAAGAACAAGUACAAACUCCUGGUGGAGGGUGACAACCUGAGAGCAGUCAUGGCUACACACGGUGUGAAUGGAAGCAGAACAACUUCAAACAACACCUACGAGGUUGAGCGGACGUUAGGUAUUGAGGCAGCUCGAAGCACCAUCAUCAAUGAGAUUCAGUACACCAUGGUCAACCAUGGAAUGAGUAUCGACCGGCGCCAUGUCAUGCUGCUAGCAGACCUCAUGUCCUACAAGGGGGAGAUUCUUGGAAUCACCAGGUUCGGUUUGGCUAAAAUGAAGGAGAGCGUCCUGAUGUUGGCAUCGUUUGAGAAGACGGCUGACCAUCUCUUCGAUGCUGCGUAUUUUGGACAAAAGGACUCAGUCUGUGGCGUGUCCGAGUGCAUCAUUAUGGGAAUUCCCAUGAAUAUCGGAACUGGGCUGUUCAAGCUCCUGCACAAAGCUGAUAAGGAUCCAUGUCCUGCGAUGAGGACACUGCUCUUUGAUAGCGCCGACUUCCAUAUACCACUGGUCACAUAACCCAAAGACACAGCAGAGACUUUGUGCUUCUUCUUUGGAUUUACUCAUCUGAAGGUCACAUUCACAAAUGUCUGCCAAGAAAUGCCAGGCAAACGUGUUUUUCUGAGAUUUGUGAGAGAGCUGAGUUGAUUGAGAUAGUCCAUGGGCCAAGCAGGUUUUUGGUACCACAUGAGGAGACUAAAACAACACUUGCACUCCAGUCUUAGCUGACACAAAAGUGUAUGGUGGCCAUCCAAGAGUAACAGCUGUUACACAGGGGACACCAUUUAAAAUGCUCCAGUUAUAUUGAACCGUAUACCAUCUUAUUAUUUAUUUCACAUUAUUUAUCUAAUCAUAAACAUUCCACAAAAUGUGUAGUUUUGAAUGUUAUGGGGUAAAAAGGCUUGUUUCACUUUGUCCGGGGGUCACUUGCUCUAAUUUUGGUACAAAGUGAUGCAAGUUAUUGGUUGAGCUAAUGGGGUUAAUAAAUGGAGUAGUUUUGACCAUGUUGAAUGUCUGGUCUCCAA